AUGGGUAAAUCGGAGUGCGGAAGCAGACAGCAACAGCGUCCCAAGGCCUCGGCGUCACAGUGCGAGCGAGGAAGACCCGCGCCGAGAGAACAUAACACGUCUAUCAAACUGCACGCCGAAGUUACAGCAUGCAGCAAGUUGGCGCCGACAACUAUGCUGGCGAUGCUUGAAACCGCAACAGGACGCUCGGGCACUUCAAUCCAGUUGUCGCCGCGCCAUUGGGCGGGGCCUGGAAGGGGCAAGGACACGCUCGCGCUCGGAGCGCCCAUCGACGGGGCCGGAGCCACGGAGCCCGGCAAGCCCCGAAGCGGGGGCGACCAGACCCCGCGGCCCGAAAUGCCGGACAUCUCCGCCGCCGCUGCGCGAAAUGCAGACAGCGAUUGUGGGACAGAGAAUUCAGCGACCACCAGGCCGUCAUCACGCUCGCAGCAGAUCGGGCUUCGCAAUUUCGCAAAUGCGUAUUACGCGGAACCAGGCUAG